ACGAGACCACUUUGACUGCAAAUAGCUACCAAAAUUAUUCGAUGAAAAAUUAGCGGUGCAAUGCCUCAAUGCCUAGGUCUUCUCUUCUGUGUGGUAUCAAAUAGGGAUGAAAAUUCUUAGUGAUUAGAUAGCAGCAUGGAGAGGGUGCCUGGGGAUGUAUUGGAGAGAGUCUUCUUCCGUUUGCCUCUCCUUGACGUUGCUCGAUCUCUUUCUGUCUGUAAGCGUUGGCAGUGCCUUCUCUCAUCCCCACAUUUCAUUCUUCAUUAUUCCAAAUCUGCCGAAAACAGCAAUUCAUGGGUACUCCUCACUGAUUAUAAUGGCACAGCGCUACCGCACAAUAGCAGACUUGUUCAUUUCUACGAUCCCCAUCUCCACAAAUCCCUAAAAGUGGACCUCAGUUUCCUGCCAAUCGAACUAACAAUUCCAGUGGCAUCCUCGCAAGGAUUGCUCUGUGUCUCUGCCCACAAUACAAAUUUGCUUUGUACCUGCAAUCCGCUCACCAAAGCCUACAAAAUAUUGCCUUCUCCCAAUACCCUCCCGUUCCUCAGCCUUACUUUGAUUCUAGAAGGUCCAGUUUUCGAAUCCCACAAGAUAUUGGUCAUUUCUGAUGAUCUUCAGACCAUGUAUUCUCCGGAAGAGAAUCGGUGGAUCGAUUUGGCUUCACAGGGUAGGAGACCCAAAAGCGCCGUGACUGUCUCCAAUGGUUUUCUUUUUGGGUUUGAGGAUGUGGGUUCUGAUUGGCAUCCCAGAUGGACGCUUGUAUGUUGUAAUAUAAAUGAGGGUUUAUUGCUCUGGGAACCUGUGCGACACAAUUGGGAAGACAUGUAUGAUAUUAUUAAGGAGCCUUGUCUGAUUAGAGGGCGAGAGGGUUUCUUGUUCAUGGCGGGGGGUUUGAAAGCCUCACUAUCAUUGAAUUCUGCCUGUUCUGCAUUUGUUAUUAUGGAGCUUGAUCUCAAAAGUCUUGAGUGGAAUGAGGCUGGGAGAAUGCCUGCAGAGUUUUAUGAAUGCUUUGAUCCUCAGGGGCAGUUCAGUAUUUUUGGUGGGAAGGAAGGUGUUUAUUUUUCAGGCAGAAAGGUGGGAAGAUUGGUGUUGUGGGAUGCAGGCAAAGGAUGCUGGCAAUGGGUUGAUUGUGCUUCCAUUGAGAGUGGGAAUGCCUUUUUUAGAGGGUUUGCAUUUGAUCCCAGACUGGAUGCUGUGCCUUGAAUUCAUACAAAUUGGAAACAAUCAUGGGGCAAGGAGAUAUUCAAAGUGCACGAACAUGGCUAGAACAAAGGUCUUGGUACUGAAACUAGAUCAUGACACCAAACUGUAGUCUAGACACCACUGUGAUGGUCCUUUUAAUAAAAAGUUUGAAUGGAAUUCAAAACAAAAUGAAAGGAUUGCUUUCACUCGUGUUCCUUUUCCUUGUCAAUAGGUUUUCUUAUCUGGGGAAGUAUAGAGGGUUUAGACCAAAAAGAUGACAACUCCAUGGCAGUGGCUCAAGUAAGCUUGACGGUGCAUUUUCCAGGCAUCAAAAACAUGUGGUUAAAGGCUAGAGAUUACCCACUAUAAAUGAGAUUGAUAAAAGGAUUCUAAACUAUGUCUUCAAUACAAUCUAGCUUUGUUUUUUAGAGUAUAAAUUAUUAAAUUUGGAUCUUCAAUUAAACCACUCACAGAAUCUUUCCUUUUAGAACAUGUUUCAGAACGUAUCCCUUUUCUGCAUUACCUGGGAGUUUUGGGUUGUUUUAUUCAGAAGGUAUCUUUUAAGAGUAAUUGUCAGUAAGUAGUAUAGUCUGAGUUGAUUUAGUAGUGGAGAGUUUGUACUCUUUGAAAGAGAGGUCACAAGUUCAAAUCCCACUUAAAAUAAGGUAUGUAUGUCUUGUUUGUAAUGAUAAUUCCAUAUUACUAAAUUCUUAAAUUAUAAAAGAAUAUUUCUUUCUUUUA